GCUGGCGACAGCUCUGAAGUGCUGGAUGCUCAGGCAGGCUCCGUGGAUGAAGAGAACGGGCGGCAGCUGGGGGAGAUCGAGCUGCAGUGUGGCAUCUGCACCAAGUGGUUCACUGCGGACACGUUUGGCAUCGACACCACCUCCUGCCUGCCUUUCAUGACCAACUACAGCUUCCAUUGCAACGUUUGCCAUCACAGUGGCAAUACCUAUUUCUUAAGAAAACAAGCAAAUCUCAAGGAGAUGUGCCUUAGUGCUCUGGCCAACUUGACGUGGCAGUCAAGGACACAGGAUGAGCACCCAAAAACCAUGUUCUCAAAAGAUAAGGAUAUUAUCCCAUUCAUUGAUAAAUACUGGGAGUGUAUGACAACACGCCAGAGACCUGGGAAAAUGACUUGGCCUAAUAAUAUUGUCAAAACCAUGUGCAAAGAAAGAGAUGUAUUCUUGGUGAAAGAGCAUCCAGACCCAGGGAGUAAAGACCCAGAAGAAGAUUACCCCAAAUUUGGCCUUUUAGACCAAGAUCUUGCCAAUAUUGGUCCUGCAUAUGAUAACCAGAAACAGAACAAUGCUGUGUCCACAAGUGGAAGCUUAAAUGGGGGAAUCGCCGCCGGAGGCAGCGGGAAGGGACGGGGAGCGAAGCGCAAGCAGCAGGAUGGAGGGACCACGGGAACAGCCAAGAAAACCAGGAGUGACCCGCUGUUCUCUGCCCAGCGCCUGCCACCCCACGGUUACCCUCUGGAACACCCCUUCAAUAAGGAUGGAUAUCGGUACAUCCUGGCUGAGCCUGACCCCCAUGCUCCUGACCCGGAAAAGCUGGAGCUGGACUGUUGGGCAGGGAAGCCAAUUCCUGGGGACCUCUACAGAGCCUGCCUCUAUGAACGGGUGCUCCUAGCGCUGCACGACCGAGCUCCUCAGUUAAAGAUCUCUGAUGACAGACUGACUGUGAUCGGGGAGAAGGGCUAUUCCAUGGUACGAGCAUCACAUGGGGUGAGGAAAGGAGCCUGGUACUUUGAAAUAUCCAUGGAUGAGAUGCCUCCGGACACUGCUGCCCGAUUAGGCUGGUCACAGCCAUUAGGGAACCUCCAGGCACCUCUGGGAUAUGACAAGUUCAGUUACUCCUGGCGCAGCAAAAAGGGAACUAAGUUUCACCAGUCCAUUGGGAAACACUAUUCAUCUGGCUACGGACAGGGGGAUAUACUGGGAUUUUACAUCAGUCUUCCAGAAGAUACUGAGACUGCCAAAUCACUGCCCGACACUUACAAAGAUAAGGCCCUGAUCAAAUUCAAAAGCUACUUGUACUUUGAAGAGAAGGACUUUGUGGACAAAGCAGAGAAGAGCCUAAAGCAAGCUCCUGGAAGCCAGAUAAUCUUCUUCAAGAAUGGUGUCAGCCAAGGAAUUGCCUUUAAAGACAUCUUUGAGGGAGUUUAUUUUCCUGCUAUUUCUUUGUACAAAGGCUGCACAGUUUCUAUAAACUUUGGGCCAUAUUUCAAGUAUCCACCCAGAGAUAUCACGUACCGGCCAAUGAGUGACAUGGGCUGGGGUGCUGUUGUGGAACACACGCUGGCGGAUGUGCUCUAUCACGUGGAGACAGAAGUGGACGGGAGACGGAGCCCGCCCUGGGAGCCAUAACCCGAGCAGGCAGCAGAGUGCUAACAGCAACCACACCGUG